AUGUCCACUAAGGGACGUGCAGAAUGUGCUAAACUAACUCCGGCAGGACACUACUCAACUGUUCUUCGCGUUAUGCCAUCGACGGCAAAGUUGAACAGAAAGGGUCCCGCCACAACCCCUUGUCUUACUCCAGUUUCCACUUCGAUCGGUGUAGUACAUCCGGCUGGUGUUCGGACCGCAGCAGUUAUUCUUCUAUUCAUGUCCUUUAUUAGGCGUACAAAUUCUCCUGGAACUCCAUCGGCACAAAGCGCAUUGAGAAGACGGCCACGGUAA